GGGAAUACAAGCGCGUGAGCAGAAACUCCUCAUCGGUUCGCGUGUUGAAUAAGCGGCGCAGCGGGAUGCGAACAUCGAUCUGAACAUCAUCCACUUCAAGGUUGGAAUUGGGCACAUGGUGCGAACGCGAAAUCUUCACAAGGAGUCACGAAUAUAAGCCGCGGACUUGCUGGCCGAAAGAUGCCACUCGCAGCGCCUGCAGGCAGAUUCGCCGUCUCGACGCUGGACUUGGAAGUGCCAGCUCGCGAGGCAAGAGUCUUUGGCGAUGGUUUCAAGCUCAAUGGCAAGCCAGCUUUUCGAUUGGAUACUGUGCUCAUCACGCUAUUCUAUCCGUGUAGAGAUUCUGGAAAGGGCAGAGCGACGAGCAUCAAGGGAGCAGGAUGGCUGAAUGCACCGAGGAUGAAGAGCGUUGAAGGAUUGCUCAAGUAUGCCGGCAUGAGCAAGCAUUUGGCUCUACCAUCCAUCUUACCUGCUUACGCCGUCUUCUUCGCCAAGCUGCCAUUCACCGAGAAUGCCCCACUCGCCGGACCUUCCUCCCUGGCCGAGACGGAUGCAACGCCCUCGGAGGACACAAACGAUGCCAGGACGACCUUCCCAAUCGGCGUCUUUUCGCACGGGCUCGGCGGCACUCGAACAACAUACAGCUCCUACCUCUCAGCACUGGCUAGCGAGGGCUUCGUUGUUGCCGCAGUGGAGCACAGAGAUCUCACAGCACCUUCGACACAGGUCUUCCCUCCAACUGAGACCUUUCUAGGAGCUAAGCAACAAAGCUAUACCAGUAUCUAUAGCAAGCACGACGAGAUGGACAAGUCACCGACAACUGGAGAGCCAGAGGGAGGUGAUGUCUGGGCGAUGAGGAAGGCGCAGCUUGAGCUUCGCCAAGCUGAAAUGCUGGAAGCUUUGCACGUUCUCAAGCGGUUGAAUGUGGGAGAAGGAGAGCAGCUAAGCCAAAGCAGUACGAGAGGCGGAGCGAAAGAGCGCACCGCCGCAGAACUCCCCAUGUGGCAAGGGCGCCUAGGUGUGGACCAGCCAUGGGCAUUAGGCCACAGCUACGGCGCUGGUACUUGCAUUGAAGCCAUUCGCAAAUCAGACUCUCCUUUCGCAAGAUCAUUGAUUCUUGACCCUUGGGUAGAGCCCAUACCGAAGGCGAGCGCCGAUGGCUCCUUGUCGAUCAAAAGGCCGCUUUACGUCAUCAACAGCGAAGCAUUCACGAUCUGGAGAUCGCACAUGCAGGAUGUUCGGGAGCUGGUCUCGGACGCCAAACGUAAUGCUGGCAGCGCUUGGCUCUUGACGCUCACGGGCUCGAAGCACACAGAUUUCAGCGACUUUCCUUUCCUGCUGCCACGGCUGUUUUCCUCCUCUGUGCCUCCCGCAGAUGCAAUGAAGAUCUUCGCCAAGGCAAGCUGUGCUCAGUUCGCUGCCUCUCAAGAAGAUCAGGAUGGUUCUGACGCAUCUAGAUGCGAGGAAGCUUCCUUGGAAAGUACGACGCCAAAGCCAAGAGAGGAGCUGCCUGGGGAAGUGGAGAACAAACAGCUUGGUCCGCCCGGAGUGUUGAUACGUCACACAUUAUCUGUGGCGAAACAACAGACUCCCCACCUUUGAUACAGACAUCUGCAUUCUCCCACAAUUUCCGCUUUGAUAGAGACAUGUACACAUCAUGAGCGAGGCUGUGGGCUGCGCUGCUUUAUGAAGGAUAAAUGGCGAGCACUCGACUUCAUGGGGUGAAAAGCGUCUCUGCACGAGAGGUGCGCGCGAGCCGAGAACAUUCUGCAGUUGCAUGUCACGCGCCGCACGAGAUUUUGAUGAGCAAGCUAAAUGCGGCCCUC